AUGACAUGCCCGAGCCAAAGCUGCUCUCCACUACCCCCCCAUUCUCCUUUGCCCCGCUCUCCCCCACUCCCCCCUCUUCCCCCUUCCCCCUCUCCCCCCUCCCCUCUCUCUAGCCUGCCCUGGCAGGUACAUCUGGCGGAACGACAUGCCCGAGCCAAAGCUGCUCUCCCCAACCGGCCCUUCUCCCCAACCUGCCAUUCUCCCCAACCUGCCAUUCUCCCCAACCUGUCAUUCUCCCCAACCUGUCAUUCUCCCCAACCUGCCAUUCUCCCCAACCUGUCAUUCUCCCCAACCUGUCAUUCUCCCCAACCUGCCAUUCUCCCCAACCUGCCAUUCUCCCCAACCUGUCAUUCUCCCCAACCUGCCAUUCUCCCCAACCUGCCAUUCUCCCCAACCUGCCAUUCUCCCCAACCUGCCAUUCUCCCCAACCUGCCAUUCUCCCCAACCUGCCAUUCUCCCCAACCUGCCAUUCUCCCCAACCUGCCAUUCUCCCCAACCUGCCAUUCUCCCCAACCUGCCAUUCUCCCCAACCUGCCAUUCUCCCCAACCUGCCCAUUCUCCCCUGCCGCCUUUGUUCCCCCCACUCUCCCACCUCCUCCAUCCCUCCCCGGCAGGUACAUCUGGUGGAACGACAUGCCCGAGCCAAAGCUGCUCAAGAUAAUGGCCAACUCGGAGCACAUGCAGAUCCACGUGAACCAAUGGGCCAACCAAGCAACCCUUUCCUUCCUCGCCUCUCUCCUGCAUGUCAACUCCUCCUGCGCCUCGCUCCCCGCCUCCUCCCGCCCCUCCCUCACCUGGACGCGCCCCUCCAACGCCCCCCCUUCUCCCCGCCGCCGCAAGCGCUUCGACAAAACAGAGGGCACGGGGCUGUUUGCCCGGGAGGAAAGGGAAACGGCCGAAAGGGAGACGGCAGAGGCUCAGACAGGAGAAGGGGGGGUGGGAGGGUCAGAAGGUGACGCGCUGACCAAUCAGGAGCAGCCACCGCAUCCCUGGGGCUGCAUACCGGAGCUGCCAGCUGUCGACUGGCCUAAGCUGAGGUGGCGGUUUGAUUGGUCCACGUUCACCAUUCAUGCCACGUCAGACAGGAAGCCGCUCGCGGUUAGAGCAUGGACUGGCCGCACAGCCAGCGAGCGCCGAGACUUCCGCUUCGUGCUGCAGCGAGGCUCCAAGGGAUGGCAAGUUCGACCUGUGUGUGCAGGCCACGUCAUUUUCCCCCCGCACCUGCUGACAUCUCUCCCUUCAUCCCCCACGCCCUCUCACCAACCCAUUCCCCCUCCUCAGCACGGCGCCCAUGCCAACGGUGCCAGGCACGUAUGCAGGCAAGUUCGACCUGUGUGUGCAGGCCACGCCAUUCUUCCUGCACACCGUCUCGCCGCCCAAGCACCACUCUGA